AUGGGUUGUUUUUAACCUAAAGGCAUGAAUAAAAUUGUUGCAAUGCAAACUACAAAUAGGGAUUACAUUUUUACAUCAACAGCUGACAUUCAUAAAAUAUUUUCGUUUGGGAAGGUUUUGGGAAUUGGUGCCUUUGGCAAAGUUCUCAGUGCUAGAAGAAGAAAUAACAACGAUAAAUAAUUUGCUAUCAAAAUGAUCGAUAAAAAAACAGUCAAAGGCAGAGAAGCCAUGUUGGCAAAUGAAAUUUAUGUAUUAUAAAGACUGGAUCAUCCCAACAUUAUAAAAUUCCAUGAAGUAUAUUAAAGCGAGCUGUAUUUCUACAUAUGCAUGGACAAGUGUAGGGGUGGUGAACUAAUGGAGUCUAUUCCCAAAAAUUAAAAAUCAUAUACUGAAUGCUAAAUUAGAGGGAUUAUGGUUAAAGUAUUAUUCAUUUUUAAAUAUUAGAUUUUUUCAGCUAUCGCUUACAUACAUGACUAAGGUAUUAUACACAGAGACAUUAAACCGGAAAAUAUUUUAUUUUCAGAUUGCGAUAUAAAUUCAGAGCCUAAAUUGAUAGAUUUCGGCCUCUCUGUUAAAUAUGAUGCAUUUAGCUACAAGUAUCUAUCAUUAACAAUCAUUCUCUAGUAAACUUAAGUCAGGAGUAGGUACUCCAGUGUAUUUGGCACCAGAAGUAAUUGAGGGGACAUAUAAUGAAAAAUGUGAUGUUUGGAGUCUAGGUGUCUUAUUGUUUAAUAUGUUGGUUGGAUAUCCACCGUUUUAUGGCAAAAAUCGAUAAGACCUUUACGAUAGCAUUCGAUAUUAAAAUGUAUGAAAUUUCAAUUAAUUCUUAGCUAAUAUUUGAUAAAAAACAUUGGAGGAAUAUAAGUGAUGAAGUCAAAGAUCUACUUAAACGAAUGCUAAACAAAAACCCAAUUGCUCGAAUAUCAUCUAAGGAAUGUCUUCAACAUCCCUGGUUCUAAUUGCCUUUUAAUGAAGGAAUGCAGAGAGCUUCCAGGAGGAGCACUGGCUUCUCAAAUACUGCAUCAGAGGAUGAUUAGAGAACCUUAUAUUAGAUGCUUAAGACUUAUAGACUCGGAGCGAAGUUUAAAAGAGAAGUAAUGAAGGUUCUGGUCAAUCAAAUGAAUGAAAAAGAUUUAGCCAAACUUCAAUUCAUUUUUAAAAAGAUCGAUUUAAAUAAUUCUGGAACCAUUACUGUGCAAGAAUUACAUCACGCUUUACAAUAAGAGGUAUAAAAUAUAAACCUAUAUUUUAUAGGGUUCUCAAGCUACUUUAGAAGAGAUUGAGGAGAUUAUGGAAAAAAUUGGUUAUGACGUUGAUGAUAUGGAUGAUAUCACCUUGUCAAAUUCACAUAGGUCCAAUCUAAAGCCUGCUACUAUUAAAUAUAGUAAUUUCUUGACUGCAUGUAUUGAUGAGAGGAGAGUAUUUACGAGAGAAAAGUUAUGGUCUAUUUUCAAGUAUUUUGAUACUAGAAAUGAAAAUCAUCUAUCUAGAGAAGCCAUAAGGGAAUCCUUUGCUAGACACGGUCGUUCAGUACCAAAUGAAAUAAUCGAUUAAAUGAUUGCUGAAGUCGAUCCACUAAAUGAGAAUAGGAUUCAUUUCGAUACUUUCUGUUAGAUGAUGGGUCUAGCUGGAGUAUAAGAAACCUUAGAAUUCAAAGACGAACUCAAAGAUCCUUCAUCUUUAGCUCAUUCAAUAUAAUGA